GCUGCUGCUGCCGCCGUCGCCGCAUCAACCGGAUGCUGCCGACGCUCCACAGCGUCAAACCGGUCCGCUUUCGACGCAGAACCCCGCGGCGAAGAGGAUGGACGACGGCUCCGAGCUGUCGCUGAGCGUCGCGCAGAUCGUGCGGCGGCUGAAAGGAAGCCACCUGCACUCUCAGAUAGAGAGGCGAGCCAAAGAGUGUUUGCAUCUGCCCGACAUCCGGCUGGAUUCGCUGCGGGAGGACGUGCGCAGGUUCCUCAGGACGUCAGGCUGGGAGAGGCAGCUUCAGAAUGCCGUGUACCGGGAGCUGCAGGUCCAGCGGCCCCCGAGCCAUCCCGCGGCUCCCGUGGAGCACCUCAAGGAGCCGCUGGCCUACAUGCGCAAGGCACAGGCCUGCUGGGAGAAGCGUGUCCUCAAAAGCCUGAACAGCAUGAGCGCGGAGCUCGGAGUGCCUCUGGCUCGCAUGAGGCCCGCAGCGGAGCAGAAGGAGCUCACCAGCAAAUGGAACGAGAUGGGCACGGAUGAACCAGACCUCACUAGCUUCAGGCCUGUGUAUGCCCCCAAAGACUUUCUGGAGGUGCUGAUCAGCCUGCGCAACCCCAAUUACGACAGCAGCGAGGACGUCGGCGCCAGGAGCCACUGGGGACUCGUCCAGGUCCCCCUCGACGUCAGGGACAUCCCACAGCUGAGACGGGCCUACGCAGAGCUGAACCUGACCACCGGGCAGCUGGGAAUCGACGACCACGCUCACAUCCAUCCAGACUUGUUUGAAAAUGAGUAUCUUCAAAUCGGGAAAAAAGUGGUCGCCGAGCAGGACAGCGCCGCGGCGCAGCAGUACAGCAGGCGGGGCUGUGCCACCGGGCUCCGUGCAGACCUGUGGGCCCUCAUCCUCAACUCUAACAACCAGCCCCAGGACGCCAUGCAUUACGAACAGCUGACGGCCGGAGUGGUGCAGCACGACCUGCGUGACAGCCUCAUCUAUAAGGAUGUGAAGCUCACGGCCAGUAACGACGACUACUACUUUGUGUUUGAGGACUUCUCUAUCAGGUAGGUCAAGGGUCAAGUGUUGCUGUGCUUCUCUCGAGACACCGCCGUCCUGGAGCACUUCAAAUACAACAGCGCCACUCCUCCCCGAUCCUUCGUCCAGGGGAAGGGAGAGGACGAGGAGUGUGCUGUUGUUUACCCCCCCAGCGGAGUCAUCCCCUUUCAUGGCUUUUCAAUGUACGUGGCGCCGCUGUGUUUCCUGUACAACGAGCCAUCCAAGCUGUACAGCGUAUUCAGGGAAAUGUACAUCCGCUACUUCUUCAGACUGCACUCCAUCUCCUCCUCUUCCUCGGGGGUCGUGUCCUUGUGCCUGCAGUUUGAGCGGCUGCUCCAGACCCACCUGCCUCAGCUCUUCUACCACCUGCGACAGAUCGGGGCGCAGCCGUUGCGCAUAGCCUUCAAGUGGAUGGUCCGGGCCUUUUCCGGCUACCUGUCCACUGACCAGCUGCUUCUCCUGUGGGACCGGGUCCUGGGGUACGUCCUGGAGAUCGUCGCAGUCCUCGCGGCCGCUGUGUGCUUCCGCGCUGAGAACCUGAUGGAAGUGACGUCCUUGGGCUCAGCAGAGGUAUUGGCAGAUUACCUGUGCGACACCUUUGUGUAUGUAGAAAUGGGGAAAGGCGGACAGAUGUUGUGUCCACAGCUGACCUCAUUCUGA